CCCAUUAUUGUGUUGUUACCUGUGUGUAGUGAAUGAUGCAAAAUCAAAACAAAGAUGAAUAAUUUGGAUAGUUCAGUGCAAGCACACACCAAAUUGGAAAAGGAAACUACCAAUUUGGUGCUGCUCAAAGAUCGCGUUGACAAGUAUCAUGAUCUCUCCACGCAAAUGUCUAGCAUUCUCACUGUCUUCGAGAAGCGUUUGGGGAACUUGGAGCAAACGAUUUUGCCUGUCUACCAAGAAACGGAGCAACUGCAAAAACGUCAGCAAAAUUUGGAAGCCACACUAAAUUGCCUUGAGAGCGUACUUUCGCACUACGAUGUUUCUCAGGAAGUGUGUCAACUGAUUCAUCAGGGUCCCGUUGAGGGUAGCAUUGGCACCUUUCUGGAUGCAUUAGCCAAGCUACGCGCUGCCAUGGAUUACUUCCUUCACCACAAUUCGCAAAGUGUGGAACUAGAGAAUGUCACCAGUUUGUUCAACACAGGUUGCGAGGGCCUCAAUCAACACUAUAGCAUGCUGCUUAAAAAGCAUAGCGCACCAUUAAAACCUGUGGAACUGCUGGAUCUCAUCUAUAUCGAAGAUGAUUCAUCGAGCGAUGAGUAUACGUCAUUUCGUCAGCUAUCGCAGACAACCCGUGAGGAGCUGUGCACAAUAUCGCUGUGGCUCGAGCAGAAUUUACGGGAGUACACGCACAUCUAUGCAACGGAGCGAGGAGAAGUGGUGUUGCGUUCACUGCAGUUACUAAAGGAUCACCAAAAGAGCAGUAGUUGGGGCACUGAAGCUUUGAGACCACGUCACAGUGGACGGCAGAACCAAGAGCCCAAGAGGAACACCUCGGCACGACUGCAGCAAAUCUUCGAGAAGAAGGCCAACAAGCUGUAUUUGCGUGCAACACAGACUCUUGAGCAGUCCACGGGCAUCUCCAUAAAAAAAGCCUCCUCGCAUACUGAUCAUUUGACAUCCGAGGAUCUGCUCGAUGGCGAUCAAGAACUGGACAAGUAUUUGGUCAUGCUGCUCGGUCUGCAGCGACUGCUAAACUGGGAGCGUGCAAUAAUGCGAGACAUUAUACCACAGUCAAAGCACAACGAAGUCUUUGCACGCCUCGCCUACAAUGCCAUCGAGCUGGUGGUCAAGGAUGCCGAGGCGAUAACCCAACGCAUACUCCGCUGCAUCUCACGAAAGGAAUGGACGUCGGCUCUGGGCAUCUUCUCGGCGUUGAAGCGCGUCAUUUUGCUGCAACCCGAUAUAGAGCGCACCUAUGAUGCAGCACAGCGCGAACAGUUGACCAAGGUGCUCAAUAAACUGCAACAUACGGGAUCCAAGGCAUUAGAGCAUUUCCUGGACGUGGUCAAGGGCGAGUCAAGCACAAACAUUGUGGGACAAAGCAAUGUGCCCAAGGAUGCAACAGUGCACGAGUUGACCUCAAAUACGAUUUGGUUUAUCGAGCAUUUGUACGAACACUUUGAUGUAAUUGGCGCCAUACUCGCCCAGGAUGUGCUCUACUCCACGCAGCUGGACACCAUACUGAUGAAGAAGGCGCUGCCCGGCGAGGAGCGCAAUAAGGCGCUGCUUGCCAUCUACAUAAAGAAAGCGCUGGCGGAGCUAAAUCUGUCCAUUAUGAACAAGUGCGAACAGUACAAUGAUCAGGCAACGAAGCAUCUAUUCCGGCUGAAUAAUAUACACUAUAUACUCAAAUCGCUGCAGCGCUCCAAUCUGAUUGAUCUGGUCACGCUGGCAGAGCCAGAAUGCGAGCAUAGCUAUCUGGAGAUGAUACGUGAGCUGAAGACAAGCUAUCAGAAGACUUGGUCGAAGAUGCUGUCGGGCAUUUCUUCGCUGGAUGAACUGCCUAAGCCAGUGGCCGGGAAGGUCAAAGACAAGGAUCGCAGCGUGCUGAAGGAGCGUUUCUCGACCUUCAACAAGGACUUUGAGGAGGCUUGCAAGAUACAACGCGGCAUUUCCAUACCCGAUGUCAUAUUGCGCGAGGGCAUUAAACGCGAUAAUGCGGAGCACAUACUGCCCAAGUACAAUCGCUUCCACGAUACGUAUUAUAUGGUGCAGUUCAGCAAGAAUCCCGACAAGUACGUCAAGUAUCGGCCGCAUGAGAUAAACGCUAUGCUGAGCAAGCUAUUUGAUGACUCCGCCUAGAUUGCAUUCCCCCUAGAUUUUUGGAGUUUUGGGUUUUCGGAUUCGUUCGGCUUUUUAAUUCCAACACAAAUAAAUAUCGUUUUAAAAAAUACACAUACAAUACGUAUCGACUAUAGUAGCCUAAAAAUAUUAAAUGCCAUGUAAAAUGUAAAAUGAUGCGCCCCGAUUGCGGUUUGGCGGAUCAGUAAAGGAAGUUGUUCGAUGGCGCCUCGGGGCGUCCACAGGCGCCAUAGUGAUGCACACCUACUGUGCUAUUGGUGCGACAAUUCUCAAUGUCCAGGAAACAAUCGUUCAAAUAUGUCUUAUUAUCGUUGCCGCACACGGGCUCAAAUUCCCUCGGACAGAUGCGGGCGCAGCCCUUAAACUGAAAAGCGGCCAGGCAACGCUUCAGUGGCACCACAAACACAUGCUUGCCGCAAUUCUCCUUGCGCAUGUGGCACUCCGAUUUGUAGAACUUAUUAUCCGAUCCACACACAAAGUUCGGUGGCUGAGCAUCACAAUCCGAUUCACAGUCUGCAGUCAAGGCGCAAUUCUUCAGUGAAACUGGCACCACACGCAGAUUGCAGGUGCGUCGCUUGAACUCGCACAUCGAGGCAAAGGUGUUGCCAUCGGAACCGCACACCGGCUGCUGCUCCAGAUCUGCUCGUGUGCACGCAUCACCGCAGUCCCUGGUGGGGCUGUUCAGAUCCGUGCAGGGUCCAAUGUGCGCCAAAUUAACGCCGCGCCUGAAACGCAAAAGAAAGAGGAAAGCUACUGUAGAGUGUGCUCGACUAUGAAGAACUCCCUAGUCAACUUGGUUUACAGCUUUGUUCCUUAAAUAACAAUCAAUUAUCCCUUUUUAAUUUGAAAUCUGAAUUUUAGAAUUAUUUUUAUAGUGCUUUAAGAAAUGCAAAAAAAAUUGGCAACAUCUUUCCAUUCCUUCCUUCCAUUCUCCAUUCACAAUCACAAUCUAGAUUCUAGAAGUCUAUAAUUAAAGUGUUUCCAAAAAGAAAUGC